UAUUAUUAAGGCGUCCUACCACUCUCCUCCCCCUCCUCUCUCCCUCUUCGCAAACUCUUUAUAAAGCUAGAGAAUUCAACUUCAAUCCAUCAAUCGAUCUUUCUCUAAUGGCGGAUCCCGAGUCCAAGGAAGUGGAGAUGUAUCAGGAGAAGGAGAAGGCGGUGGCAGAGGCCGACAAGACGGAGGCAGAGGCGGGGAAGAACCAAGUGGAGGCGGAGGAGGAGGGGGAGAAGGGGGAUAGGCCGGUUCGGGUCUACGCCGACGGAAUCUACGAUCUGUUCCACUUCGGGCACGCUAGAUCUCUCGAGCAGGCGAAGAAAGCGUUUCCAAACACAUUUCUUCUUGUGGGUUGCUGCAGUGAUGAAGUGACACAUAAAUAUAAAGGGAAGACUGUCAUGACUGAAACCGAGCGUUAUGAAUCACUACGCCAUUGCAAAUGGGUUGAUGAAGUCAUUCCCAAUGCUCCUUGGGUGAUCACAAAAGAAUUCCUUGAUGAGCACAAGAUUGAUUAUGUAGCUCAUGAUUCUCUCCCAUAUGCAGAUGCAAGUGGAGCUGGCAAUGAUGUCUAUGAAUUUGUUAAAGCCAUUGGUAAGUUUAAGGAAACAAAGCGCACAGAAGGAAUUUCGACAUCUGAUCUUAUAAUGAGGAUAGUUAAAGACUACAACCAGUACGUGAUGCGCAACUUGGCUAGAGGAUACACCAGGAAGGAUCUAGGUGUCAGCUAUAUGAAGGAAAAACGGCUGAGGGUGAACAUGGAAUUUGAGAAGCUGUAUGACAAAGUUAAACAACAGCAAGAAAAAGUGGGGAAGAAGUUGGGGCUGCUUCACGACGAGUGGGUGGAAAACGCCGAUCGCUGGGUUGCUGGUUUUCUUGAAAAGUUUGAGGAAGGCUGCCAUCAAAUGGGAACGGUCAUCAAAGAGCGGAUUCAGGAGAGCCUGUUGAAGGGACAACCGAGAGGGUUCAGCUUGUUGCAGUACGAGGACGACGAGUAGCCAAGUAUUCAGCAUUUCUAGUUGUAAAUUGUUAGGAGUUUGUUCAGUUCAGUUCAGUUUAAAUAUAAAUGUUAUAGAGAAAGGAAUUGUGAUAUCUAAAUUCAUCUCCCAUGAUGUGUUGGAUGAUCUUACUACAUCCUGUUAUUAAGAACACUUGUUGGUAAUGAAUGCAUUGGAUGUCUUGGUGGACUA